AUGUCCGGUGAAAAUAAAGAAAAUAGUCGGUGCGCAAAACGGAUUUUUAUAAAUCGCAUCGACACUUACUCAUCUAAAUGCAUUGCGAAGUUUCUGUCUACCUGUGUUGCUGGUGCAUCACUGGAGGAGGCCAGCGAGGUCGAGAUGGAAGAGGAAGAGGGCAUAAUGUCUCAGGAUGACCAGUCUAAAGUAAAAAAAGGAACUUUUGAAAUAGUAGGAACUGUCAGGAGCAAAACACAGGAGGAAAAAUCUAGUUUUGUAACGGAACUUUAUUGUUCAUUGACUCAGCAAGAACUUCUGUUGAAGUUGAUGGACUGUGAUGUUAUCAUUUAUAACAUCUCUGAAAAUGCUGAGCAGAUAGAGGAAGCAUCUUGGGCGAUUUCAGCCCUGCAUGCAGACUUGGACAAUUUUAGCGGUUCAAAGAUGUUCAUCUUGAUAUCAACUGUGAUGACCUGGGCCCUGAGCAAGCCUAUUGAUCCAGAUCAGCCUGAGAUUCCCUUCACAGAGGAGGAUUACAGAAGACGUCGACCACAUCCAAACUUCAAAGAUCAUAUUACUGCAGAGAAACUUGUUGUUAAAAUGGGAAAGACAAAUGAGUCGAGGCUUUCUACCUAUGUUGUAGCUUCAGGGCUGCAGUAUGGAAUGGGAGAGAACACCUUCCACUUCUUUUUCAAGACUUCUUGGUUGGGAGAGGUUUACACAGUUCCUGUCUUUGGACCAGGCGACAACAUCAUUCCUACCAUCCAUGUCAAUGGUUUAGCAGGUGUGGUCCAGAACGUUAUAGAUCACAAGCCAAAGACACAUUAUUUGGUUGCAGUGGAUGAUUCUAAGAAUACACUUCAAGAUAUUGUGAAGGUCAUAAGCCAGGUGCUAGGACCAGGAAAAGUUGAGAAUGUCCCAAAAGAAGAUGCCUUCCUCCUGAGAGAUCUUACGCAAACAGACAUUGAUGGCCUCUUUGUCAAUUUGCGGAUUGAAGCUGUCUUUCUGAAGGAAUAUCUGAAUCUCCACUGGGUGUGUGAAUCUGGAAUUGUAGAAAACAUUGAUAGUGUUGUGGAGGAAUACAAGCAAUCCAGGGGACUUCUGCCAAUCCGUAUCUGCAUCCUGGGACCUCCAGCCAUUGGUAAAAGCACAGUGGCAGAGAGGAUCUGCAAACAUUACAAACUACAUCACGUCAAAGUCAAAGAUGCCAUUACUGAGAGUGUCACACAGCUGGAAAAAAUGGUUCAGAUGGAAGAUGUGGAAGAUGAAAAUGAGAAUGAUGACACAGUGGGUGCUGCACAAGAAUUCCUUGAAGCUCUAAAAGAGAGCAUGGAUCAGAAUGGAGGCCGUCUGGAUGACCAGUUUGUCAUUCGAAUCAUGAAAGACAAGCUCAGUUCAAAGCCCUGCAAAAAUCAAGGAUUUGUUCUUGAUGGUUUCCCUAAAACAUAUGAGCAAGCCAAGGAGCUAUUCAAUGCUGAUGAAGAUGAACCAGAGGAUACAAGGUCAAAACUGCCUCCAUUCAACAAAAAAAUCAUUCCAGAAUUUGUUUUGUCUCUGAAUGCAACGGAUGCUUUCCUGAAGAACCGUGUGCUAAAUCUGCCAGAGAGCGCAGUGGAGGGAACACACUACACGCAGGACCAGUUCCCUCGACGUCUAGCAGCCUUCCGGGAAAACAACGUCGAAGAUGAAACUGUCCUCAACUAUUUUGAUGAAUUAGAGAUUCACAUUGAGCACAUUGAAAUAACCAGCAGUGAUGACAUGGAGUACUUGAUUGUGAUGGAGAAAAUCAAGGAAGUUGUGGGGGAUGCCAGAAACUAUGGCUUGACAUCAGAGGAGCUCGAGGAGGAAGAGAGAAGGAAGGCUGAUGAGAGGCUGAAGGAGGUGGCAACAGAGAAGGCAGAAACUGAGAGAAAAGAGGCCAAUGAGGCAGCCAGUAGGGUUGCACGAUGGGAGGAAUGGAGUAAGCGUAUGGAAGAGGUAAAUAAGCUGGAGCAGGAACUACUGGAGGCCCAGACAGUUCCCUUGCGAAACUAUCUAAUGAAGAACGUGAUGCCAACCCUCACUCAAGGGCUGAUCGAGUGCUGCAAAACAAAACCUGAUGAUCCAAUAGAUUUUCUGGCAGAAUACCUCUUCAGAAACAAUCCUCAAGUCUGA